CACCCAUCUUACAUGGCAGUUUCCUAUAACCCAAGCAACCAUUAGUGUACAACCCUUCACCAGAUCCUAAUUUCUUUCCUCAGUAUGCUCUGAGGCCAGUGUGGAGAAUCAGAGUGAACAAGGAAGGACCAUGCCUCUGUCUAAACCAGAGAAGCUGUUAGAACAUGAGCUCAGCUGCCCUAUCUGCCUAGAGCUCUACACGGAUCCCGUGUAUCUGCCCUGUGGCCAUAACUACUGCCUUGCCUGCAUUAACGCUACAGACGCCAGCAGUGGAGAGAAGAGCCUGCCUUGCUGCCCUGAGUGCAGAGAAGAGUACAGUGGUACAGAGACACUGCACAAGAACUUCAAGCUCUGCGGCAUCAUAGAAGGCUACAGGGCCAUUGCGCUAGUGGAGAACCUUGGGAGAGAGCCGCUGGAGGUACGCUGUGACCACUGCCUGGACACAGAGACGUUGGCCAUCAAGACCUGUCUAAAGUGUGAGAUGUCCCUGUGUGCCAGGCACCUGCAGCGCCACACUGAGAGGGAAUCCUUCAGGAGCCAUGACCUGGUGGAGCCCCAAACUAAGCUGGUCCUGAGGAGCUGUGCUAUCCAUGGACGCCUGCUGGAGUACUUCUGUGUCAGCGACAUGACCUUCCUCUGCGCCUCAUGCUUCAUCAAGGGCACCCACCAGAAUCACGAUGUCCUGACUAUUGAGGUGGCUGAGGAGGAGAUGAGGCGGGUCCUAGAGAGCCGGAGCAAGGAAGUGGCCAACAGGCUGCAGCUGACCGAGACCCUACUGCAGAGGGCUGCUGAGGACCAGGGCACCUCUGAUGCUGUGGGGGACAAGCUGAUGUCUACUGCUGUGGCCCUGAUGGACAGCAUGGCUGGUCUGGUGAGCAGGUACAGGGACAGGAUGAGCCUGCUGCUGGAGGAGGAGAGAGGCCAUCAAAGGAAGAUCUGGCAGAGUGGCCUGGGGCUCCUAGAGGAACAGCAGAAGGAGCUGAUGGAGGCCAACCAGAGCUCUGCCGAGGUCCUCUCAGUGACUGAUAAGCAUCUGUUCAUCCACAGGUUCCUGCUGAUCGAAUCCCAGCUCACGGAAGUGGUGACAGGCACUGUGGCCAGAGUGCUCUCCAAAGAGCCUCUCAACACCAAGCGGCUUCAAGCCAGCCUGAGGAUGAAUGACUUCAGGGCAGAGAUGGGGCAGCUCCUCCAGGCCCUCAAUGUCCAGAUCAACCCUCUGGAGUUGACCUUCAACAUCACCACAGCGCACCCCAGCCUGCUGCUCUCCAACGACCUGCGGACAGUCAAGUACAUUGGCAUCAAGCAGGCCUCCACUGAUAACCUAGAGAGGUUCAGUACCGCGCCCCAGGUUCUCUGCUCCCAGAGCUUCACAAGUGGGGAGCACAUCUGGGUGGUGGAGGUGGGCGACCAGAGCAUGUGGUCAGUGGGCUUGUGCUACAAGAGCGUGCCCAGGAGGGGUGACCACAGCCGGCUGGGCCACAACCCAGUCUCCUGGCGUCUGCAGUGGAAGAACAAGAAGCUGACGGUGUGCCAUGCCUCCUCAAACAUGGCGCUGGUUGAAAAGACCAAUCAGCCGCUGAGGGUGGAGGUGGCACUGGACUAUGAGGGGGGCACACUGAUCUUUCACAGCACCAAGGGCUGUCGGGAGCACCUGCACACGUUUAAGGCUGUGUUCAGAGAACCUGUGUACCCUGCGUUCAGCAUCCACUCCACCACAGCACAGUCCUGGAUCACCCUCCAGAGUGGAGUGUGACACCUCAGCUUCUCUGUAUGUCCAUCUAUUAACCUUGAAGGGCCUUUGUUAAUAACUAACCCAAUCAAUAUCUGUAAAUUAUUCUAGUAAUGGAUCUUAUCACCAAACGUGAGUAAAUUCUAAUGAAACAGAAUGUAAUUGCCUCUUAAAAUAUACAGUAGAAUCUGAAUCCUUAUAUUGCUGUUUCAUACAUACAUUACAUACAUGAUUAGACGUAGUAAGUACAGAUAUGUAUUGCUAUUCGUAACUAAAGGAAUGUCAUUUAAUUAUUUUGUAAAGAGACGUGACUGUAUUUGAUCUUACCUGCCAAAAAUGAGUGUUGCAUUGUUUCAUUCAGACCAUACGUCUCUGUGGUUUUAUAUUGAGUUGUUUUAGAGUUGAUACUUAUUCAUCCAUGUACUAUAGUAGGCCAGGCCUACAGCACAUGUGAAUAUCGGAUACUUUAUAUUUGUAUUUGUUGCAGGGACAAGAUGAAACGAACAUGUGUGAUUUGUAAUUGUAUUUGAAAAUCAGUUCACUUUGGAUUCAUACACAAUAAACAGCUAUAAGGCUAUGAUACUGUACUUUGUGAAUGGGCUCAAAGUGGUUGUUGAGGAAAGACUUGAUCUUCAGGGGAGACACAAUGCUCAAUGUUUAUCUGACAAAUACACAGUGGUGGAAAACAAAUGUCAUACUUGAGUAAAAGUAAAGAUAAAGUACAUCAAUAGAAAAUGACUUAAGUCAAAGGGAAAGUCACACAGUAAAAUACUACUUGAGUAAGUCUAA